AAAACGACUAUUUUUCAAAAUAAAUUAAGUUUUUUAUUGGAUACAUUUAAUGAUAUAAUAUAUUUAGGGUUUGUGUAUAGAUGUUAUGAUUCAUUAUACGCGAUAAUAAGGAUGUUUUUGUCCGUAAGUGUGUUAGAACGCGAGGAUCAUGUGAGAGUCCUUGAAGGCAUCACGGAACAACAGGAAAAAAAGAGGAAGAGAUCCACGUCGUCGCCUCCCGCAUCUUAGUGGUCCGGUCCGGUCGAGUAAUGGUCUCGGUGUGCCCAGUCAUUCCAAGAAGCGGAUAAAGGUGUCCAUAGUGGCGAGGAAACGGGAACAAUACUUGCUUUUCGUACGGAGAGGACUGUAAAAAUGGAGCUGGAAGACGGAGUAGUGUACCAGGACGACCCGGGGACAUCAGCGAUGAUGUCUGAGCGGGUGUCGGGCCUGGCUAACUCCAUUUACCGCGAGUUCGAGCGGCUCAUCGGUAAGUAUGACGAGGACGUGGUGAAGGAGCUCAUGCCGCUGGUGGUGGCCGUCUUGGAGAACCUGGACUCGGUGUUCGCGGAGAACCAGGAGCACGAAGUGGAGCUGGAGCUGCUGAAGGAGGACAACGAGCAGCUCAUCACCCAGUACGAGCGGGAGAAAGCUCUGAGGAAGCACGCAGAGGAGAAGUUCAUUGAGUUCGAGGACACUCAUGAACAAGACAAGAAGGACCUGCAGAACCAUGUGGACAGAAUGGAGUCCCACUCUAGGCAACUGGAACUCAAGAUCAGGAACUACGCUGACCAGAUCAGCAGGUUAGAAGAGCGCGAGAUCGACCUCAAGAAGGAAUACAACUCCCUUCAUCAACGCCACACAGAGAUGAUCCAUAAUUAUAUGGAGCAUGUAGAGCGGAUCAAAAUGCAGCAGGCUAGUGAGACGUCUGAGUCAAGCAGCGUUGGCAGAGUACGAAGAGACCGUCCUCUUUCAUUGGGCGUCUUUCCAACAUCCGGUGGGGCAUCUCUACUGAUUCCAGAGGCACAGACGCGUGCAGAGACACCAAGCACAGAGGGCUGGAGGUUCACAGACAAAACACAACCUCGCUCCAACACAAGCAUCCAGCAGGACUUUGCCUACCCCCCAAAGGAAAAGGAGGGUAAGAGUGUGCAAGACUCUACUUGGGGGAGUUCACUGGCUGACGACUGCAAGGAGGAGAUGUCGGACUUCACUGGCUCUAAGUCAAUGUCCUCGAUCGCUUCGGAUGUGGAGAGGGAGGAUGGUACCAGUAAGAGCACAGAGGUGCAAGCGGCUCCAGGGACUAGGUCGAUAUCAGUCGGUUUACCUGAAAAUGAAGACAGCUCAGACGUGAAGGACAUCAUUGAGUCCACCCCUGAACUUGAUAUGGAUCUGACUGGCUACAAGGGAUGCAGCACCCCGACUAAAGGCAUUGAGAACAUGGCGUUUGACCGCAACACAGACUCUCUGUUUGCAGAGCUGUCGUCUACAGGAGCAGGUGUCAUUGGGGAUGUAGAUGAAGGUGCUGACCUGCUGGACCUUAGUUUGAUUGGUAUGGGCCGGGAAGUGGAAAAUCUCAUUCAGGAGAACUCGCAACUGCUUGAGACAAAGAAUGCCCUGAACGUGGUAAAUAAAGACUUAAUAUUGCAAGUGGAUGAGCUGACCUGUGAGAAGGAGAUGCUGCAGGGGGAGCUGGAGACUGUGCUCCUGGCCAAAAUGAAGCUGGAUGACAAAAACCGAGAGUUGGAGGAGGAACUUAAAAAAGUGCGACUUGAGAUGGAUGAGGUGCUACAUAAAACAAAAGAAGAAGAAGAUAGCGAUGUGCCCACAGCCCAAAGGAAACGCUUCACCAGGGUGGAAAUGGCCCGAGUGUUGAUGGAACGGAACCAGUACAAAGAGAGACUGAUGGAGUUACAAGAAGCAGUGCGGUGGACAGAGAUGAUCCGGGCUUCAAGAGAAAAUCCAGCUCUCACAGAGAAAAAGAAAUCCAGCAUCUGGCAGUUCUUCAGCAGACUCUUUAGCUCCUCCUCCAACACUCCUGCCAUAAAGAAGAUGGAGCCUCAGUCCAAUGUAAAAUACAACGCUCCGGGCAGCCUGGUGAAACGAAGCAGCACAUUCUCUCAGUUCCCUACGGAGAAGUCCAAAACCUUCGACUUCCUCAAUGAAGACAAAGACCAGUGCAGUUCACCAUCACGCAAAGAGCAGAAGCGAGCCCAGUACAGACAGGUCAAAGCUCAUAUGCAGAAAGAUGACGGGAGAAUCACUGCACACGGCUGGAGUCUUCCGAGCAAGUACAAGGGAACUAAUGGUGGACAAACGGAGAACAAAAUGAACCUACCGGUGCCCGUAUAUUUGAGACCUUUGGAACACAAGGAUGCUUCUUUGAAGCUAUGGUGCGCUGCUGGGGUCAACCUUUUCGGGUGUAGGACGUCAAUCCAGUCUGAGCUCCCAAAGCAGAUGAAGGGCUCUCACAGUAGCCUGGAUCAUUUGGAGCAAGAAAACAAGGAACAAGAGAAAGUUGAGCAGAAGGAGGAGCUGAUUCUUCAGGAUGAAAUGUCUAGUCGUGUGUGGGUGUGCACCAGCACCCACUCUUCCACCAAGGUCUUAGUUGUGGAUGCUGCUCAGCCGUCGGACCUUAUCGACAGUUUCUACGCCUGCAACACCCACAUCGUCUGCAUUGCCAGUGUGCCAGGUGUGUCGGAGUCCGAUUACCCCGCAGGCGAGGAAGUACCUCAGGAUGUGGACGCAAGCCAGGGUGAUGUGGUGUCUCUGGCUGGCAGCGUGGCCAGCGUGGGCUCAGCAGGCAGUGACAGCACCCUGGCGGCUGAGGGUACCACCGCCAUACCCCAGACGGCCAGCAUAGGUGUUUUUGACCAGCCAGCAGAGCACAGUGCCAUCUCUAGCUCAGCUGAGUUGUCCAGGCAGACAAGCCCAGCAGAGGUUCCCACUGCAGAAGAGGCGACCGAAGCAACAGAGGCAAAUGCUGGCGUGAGUGAAGAGGGAGAUGAGGACCAAGGAGCCGAUCAAAGCCAGCCAGGAAUCUACACAGAGCACGUUUUCACUGACCCAUUGGGAGUAGGGCCCACUGAGUCCUGUUCUACUAACGUCCUAAGUGGCUCUGCAACAUCCUUGCCUGAUGACUCAGACCCUUCAGUUCUGGAGGUCAAGAGGAUGAGCAGUGCCCUUCCCACCAUGUGGCUGGGAGCCCAGAAUGGAUGUCUGUAUGUCCACUCAUCCGUGGCACGAUGGAGGAAGUGUCUUCAUGCCAUCAAGCUGAAAGACUCUAUCCUCAGCAUAGUGCAUGUUAAAGGCAGAGUCAUGGUAGCACUUGCGGAUGGAACUUUGGCAAUUUUCCACAGAGGCCUUGAGGGACAGUGGGACCUGACAAAUUACCACUUGCUGGAUCUGGGACGGCCCCAUCACUCAAUCCGCUGCAUGACCGUCGUCCACGACAAGGUGUGGUGCGGCUACAGGAACAAGAUCUACAUCAUCCAGCCCAAAGCAAUGAGGAUAGAGAAGUCGUUCGACGCACACCCACGCAAGGAGAGCCAGGUCCGGCAGCUGGCCUGGGUCGGAGAUGGUAUUUGGGUGUCCAUCCGACUGGAUUCAACUCUUAGAUUGUUUCAUGCUCACACCUACCAGCACCUCCAGGAUGUGGACAUUGAACCCUACGUUAGCAAGAUGCUCGGUACGGGAAAACUGGGCUUUUCUUUUGUGAGAAUUACAGCUCUUGUGGUGUCCUGCAAUCGACUCUGGGUGGGAACUGGAAAUGGCGUCAUCAUUUCUAUACCAUUGUCUGAAGCCAACAAGACGUUUGGAAAUGCUCCAAAUCGGCCUGGCAGUGCCGUACGGGUAUACAGUGACGACGGAGCAGAUGGCGUCCUGCCAGCUACCUUUGUGCCGUACUGUUCCAUGGCUCACGCCCAGCUCUGCUUCCACGGACAUCGAGAUGCCGUCAAGUUUUUUGUCACUGUGCCAGGCCAGGCAAUGCCACCUCCAGGUACUGCUGAUUCAGGCUCUGAUGACCCUCCGUCGGAAUCCUCAGACACAAACCCCACGGAGCCCAAAACGUACUUGGUGAUGAGUGGAGGAGAGGGCUAUAUUGACUUCAGAAUGGGUGACGAAAGCGGAGAGCUGGACGGCGUGUCCGAACCCACGUCCGGCCAGCAGUCGGCGCCAACCAAGGCUGAGCGGAGCCACCUUAUCGUCUGGCAGGUGGCGACCUCCGUUGAUUGAACCACUGCCACACAUGGACCACCCACUUUAGCCCCCGGCAUGCGCGACUUCAGUUUUUUAAAUAUUUCCUUCACUACUUUAUAAAAAAAAAAAAAAACAUUUAUUUUAUAAUUAGCGUUUUUGUACAGUAUGUUCCUAAAGGAAAUAGGGAUGUUUGCGUCCAGGAGGUUGGAGACACUGUGGCGACUAGUGUGGACAAUUUUAAAGGACGACGCCAUUUCACGCUGGAGGACGCUUGAGGCAUUUUUUGCAGACAUGGAAGAAAAAAAGGGAUUAUCUAAGGUAUUAUUUCAUAUUUACACAUGACAAAACUUUAACGUUUGUAUACCACACGUCUCAGUGUCAGAGCUCAGGUGUGCGCGUGUGCAUGUGUGUGUGUGUGUGUGUGCGAUCAUCUCAGUUCACUGCAGGACGUAGAGUUUAGGCAUGUCGUGUUCUUCCCAUUUCACAGUGGUACAAUUUGGUACCGUAAUGUGAUCUUGGCGCCUUCUCCGCCUGUUGACAAUAGGACCAAAGUGUGCUGCGUUCUGAAAAUAUACUUAAUUUGUGAGUUCCACCGUACAAUAUAUCUAUCAAGAAAAUAAUUACAAUUAUUUUCCUGAGAUAGAUCAUUAAAACUAAGGAUGGACGUAUUAAUACAUUUGAAGAAACUAAGUUAAAGUUAAAGUAUCAAUGAUUGUCACACACACACCAGGUGUGGUGAAAUUAACCUCUGCAUUUGAUCCAUCCCCUAGUUCACCCCCUGGGAGGUGAGGGGAGCAGUGAGCAGCAGUGCUCGGGAAUCAUUUUGGUGAUCUAAUUGCCAAUUCCAACCCUUGAGUCUGACUGCCAAGCAGGGAGGUAAUGGGUCCCAUUUUUAUAGUCUUUGGUAUGACUCGGCCGGGGUUUGAACUCACGACCUACCGAUCUCUAUCACAAUGCCACUGAGCAGGUGCAGUACUUAUCUGCAACCGGCGCUAUUUAGUAUGUGUGUAAUCUAAAAAUAUUUAUAAAAGAUACAACAAUCAGCAGUUAUAUUUCCAAUUAGGUGCUCAACAAAAUUGUGUCUCCAGUUGAUGCACAGAUGAGUGUAUACGGACUGCGAGUCGUGCACGUAGGCCUGGGCGAUAUUUCGAUUUUGACGAUAUAUUCGAGGUUUUUACUAUUGCAGACGAUUUAAAAACCAAACAUCGAUUUUUUUCUCUUCUUGCUCUGACAUACUUUUUGCCCCUUUGCACCUUUGGUUUGGCGGCAACACGCGUAGAACAAGUGACUGCACGCUGCAAAGUUUGUUUCAAAAAGAGAGGAUCCCAACAAACUUAUUCUUGCAUCUGAAACCGAAGCCUCCAGUCGAGUGCGGUAAAUACAACUCUUUACAAGGCAAAGAAGACUGCAUGAACAAACUACGGGCUAAAAAUGCAUCUUAUUGUGAUGGAAUCGUUUCCACCAGGUAUGUAUGAUGAGGAAGAAGCACAAUGCGUAGAGCGAUCACUAAAGCAGUGACUCUGCACAUCGCCUAGAUCAGGGGUGUCAAACGUACGGCCCGUGGGCCGGAUCAGGCCCGCAAACAGGUUUUAUCCGGCCCGCGGGAUGAGUUUGCGAAGUAUAAAAAUGAGCCGAAAUUAUUGAAUUAAAUAAACCGCUGCUCUAAAUGUGUCCACUAGAUGUUGCAAUAACAAUUUUUUGUAUCUUUGUAGAUUAUGCUACAUAUGUAAAAAAAACACAUGAUGUUAGUGCACCAGUCCAGGAAAAUGAGCAAACUACAUAAAUAACAUCCUGUAAUUUGAUUUUGAUAUUUUUUUUAUCUUGAUGGAUUGAAAAUUAACACCAAUGAGUUGACUGAACAUUAUCACAGAAUUUAUUCAGAAAGUAUAAAUAACGACAAAUAAAGAUAGAAUGCACGCAACAUGUAAGUGUAAAAAAAAAAAAAACAUCAUUAUGAUGUGUACAUUUCCAGAAUGCGCUUGUUCUAUUUUUAAACAAAGAAAACAAUCUGAAGCUGUCUUUAUUUUUAAGUUAUUGUGCCGUGAUUUUACCAGUCCGGUCCACUUGGAAGUAGAUUUUUCUCCAUGUGGCCCCCGAUCUAAAAUGAGUUUGACACCCCUGGCCUAGAUCUUUGAAUGAAAAAUCCUGCCUUUAUUACGAAAACUAUUAUAUAGUCUUCUAAAUGUUUUAAUUGAUUAUUUAUUUGCAUACAUCGUAUAAUACUAUAUUUUUAUUUACAGAAGUAUUUUAUUCAAGACAGUAAUUUUAAGUUUGUACUUCACUGAUCGCAAUGUUGGAGAUUAUUUAUUUGCAUGCAAUGUGAGAUGUAACAUUUUUGUUAACAUAACUAUUUUAUUCAAGACCAAAGUAUUGCUUCCCAGAGGAAGCUCAUGAUUUAGUUUUUUAAAAAUAUUUCCAUAAAAAUUACAAUUUAUAUUUAGUAUAAAAAAAACAUUACACAAAUCAGAAUUUUGCUAAGAGUAAGAUGCAGUGUCAUUUCAAACUAUUAGUUUUGAUCAAAUAAAAUAAACUUGCUUUGAAUUGUCUCUGUCAUUUGAUGGUUUCUUUAAAAAGUAGGGGGGGGGGGGGGGGGCGUAAAUCGGUAAGAUUUUAUUUUUAGUCCCAAUCGCCCAGGCCUUGGUGCACAUGAAGUGAAUUUAAUUUUGAGUUUUAUUUCGGCAAAAUGUAUUCUUUAGAUUUGUUUACUGGUCAACUUUUAUUGGUGAACCAGCGUUCAAGACAUUCCCGUGUUUGUGCGUGGGAUUUUGUUUGUCUGUGUGUGUGUGUGUGUGUGUGUGUGUGUGUGUGUGUGAGUCUGCUCUGCAAGUCUAAGUUGUUUCCAUUUGUGUGAGAGGAUUUCAGUGCUUCCUCUUCUUGUUUCAUCGACACUUUAUCAUGUUAGAUUAGAUGAGUUUUCAUAGAUAAGGGGUGGCAUACAUCAGUAAACCGGGCCCACAGAAAAUAAAAUACAGUUGGGCCUUCCCCCAAACCCCCAAUAAACUGUAUUACUGGAUGAUAUUUUCUGGUGUUUCCUGAACAAGGGGUGUUCCGAUACGAUAAUGAUAUCUGUUCGAUAUCAGCAAAAAGAUAAUUAUUGGAUAUGGAACUUUCCGAUACAAGCAGUCCUACAGCCAGUCAACAUCUAAAUGUCCUCCAAUAAACACACAAGAUUGCUCUUGUACUUUAGUCAAGUCAUUUAGGUUAUAGGCUAUUAGGAGGGAGCAGCUACACGACAGCUAAGCACACCAUAGCACUUAAGUUAGACAUACACAAAGUCUCCAAACCAGAAGCGUAUUAGAAAGUAUCCUGUAACAAACGUGUCCACAUCAAUCUAUUUAUUGCGUCACAAGCUUAACUUCAUGGACUAUUGUGGCCACAAGGUGUCACCAAAAAAACAAUUACCACUCUUCAAUUUAAAGAUCGCAUGGGUCCAUUCUAGUCCAUUUUAAGAAUACAUUGGUUAUAGGGCUGCAACUAACAAUUAAUUUGAUAAUCGAUUAAUCUGUCGAUUAUUACUUCGAUUAAUCGAUUAAUAAUCGGAUAAAACAAACAAACUACAUUACUAUCCUUUCCAGUAUUUUAUUGAAAAAAAACCAGCAUACUGGCACCAUACUUAUUUUGAUUAUUGUUUCUCAGCUGUUUGUACAUGUUGCAGUUUAUAAAUAAAGGUUUAUAAAAAAAAAAAAGCCUCUGCGCCUAGCAUAGAUCCAACAAAUCGAUGACUAAAUUAAUCGCCAACUAUUUUUAUAAUCGAUUUUAAUCGAUUUAAUCGAUUAGUUGUUGCAGUCCUAAUUGGUUAGUGUUUUUCAUACAUACCAUUGUUCUCUGAGUAAUUUCACUUGAUCUAACCUUUUGUAGCAAUUUCCCACGGCAAAAUAAAGUACGUACAUUUCCUGCUGAUAUCGUAUCGGAUCAAAACAGGUAUUGGCCAUUAACCAACGUGCCAUCGGAAGUGUAAAAAGCUGUAUCGGGACAACCCUGAUUGGAACUAAAAAAUAUGUUUUCUUUAGCUCACCCACUGAGGUUUGUUUCACAGGUUUGAAAAAUAAGAUUUGCUCUAUUUUUCUCAAGCUGCUGUGCCUCCCACUUUUAUAAUCUUUGGAUUGAUUAGAAGAACAAUAACCCAAACUACAGCUCUCAUGUGCCAAUAAUGCGUGGGCCCUGAAAAGGAAGUAGAACGACUACUAUAAUCAAGUAAAGGUUGAAUAGGACGUUUUGGCCAUGUGUAAUAUUUGAGUGUGUCAACAUUAUCUAUUGAGGAUUUUUUUGUUGUGUUUUUUUUUUUUUUCCUGAAUCCGUCUUUUAAAUUUUGGAAGUAUUUCAAGAGACCAAGUUUGGUCUUAGUCCUAUCAUUUUGUCUUCUUACCAUUCCAGUAUUUAUUUGCUUUGUAUAAGAGCCAACCUUGGUUCAGAAUGUAACUUUUUAUGAAACCAGGCUUUUUAUUGGUAACGAUGAGUUUACAUGAUUGUUCAUUUUAAAGCAUUAAAAGAAAUCGUUUUUGGCAAGCCACCGGAUCAAAUUUUGCUGAGAGUAACUAAAGAGUUUGAUGUUCUAAAGCUAUGCAUGUUUUUUAAGACCACACUGCAAUGUUGGUGUGUAUGUGGAAGAGUUUGAAAGCAAAACACAUAUGUCCGCCCGUUUGUUUGUGGGUGGCUGAUUUUUUUUAAAUUUUUUAUUUCCUAUCGUGUUUGCACUUUGUGUGUUUCCAUCUGUAAAAAAAAAAAACAUUUCUGGAUGCCAUAACAAGUUUUCCUCCUGGUCAGUGUUUUUGAAAUGAACAUCAUAGCCUUAUUUUUAACAAUCUAUUAAA